GCCGGGGCUAGGCCGGGGCGUCCCCCUCCCCCAUGGAGAGAGCCAGGCCGGAGCCGCCGCCUCAGCCGCGCCAAAUGCCGCGGGUUCCUCCAGCGCGCGCGUUGCGUCCCGCGCCACCCCCACUGCCGGUCGAGGGCGCCUCCUUUUGGGCAGCGGCCGGGGAGCCCCCUCCGUCGCCGCCCACACCGGGCGUGGCCGCCAUUGCGACGCUGGCUUCCUGGUGCGGGGAGGCCGCGUCGUCCGGCUUACGGUCAGCGGCGCGGCGGCUGGUGCAGGUGAACCCGGAGCAGGUGUUGCUGUUACCGCAGCCUCAGGCCGGGAACGAAGACGCCGCUGCCUCGCCCGCGCAGGCGCGACUGCUGCAGUUUAGGCCCGACCUGCUGCUCCUGCCGUCGCCGGCCGCGUCCGAGGGCGCCCCCUUCAGGCCCGAGUUGCACCCGGUGCAGCCGCGGGUGCUGCAUGUCAAGGCCGAGAAGCAGGAGCAGGAGCCUGGCCUGGACCCGUCCGCGGGGCCUCAGGGGGCGGUGGAGACCGGCCCUAGAGCCUCCAGGGCGGUCAAGGUGGAAGGCCCCGGGCCCGCCCUCGACUACUUCCGAGGGAACGAGAAGGGCAAGCUGGAGGCGGAGGUCAUGCGGGACGCGAUGCAAGGCGGGGAAGGCAAAAGCCCGGCGGCCACCCUAGAAGGAGUCAUCAAAACGGAGGAACCCGAGAGACUCCUGGAGGACUGCAGGCUCCGCGCCGAGCCCGCGUCCAAUGGCCUGGUUCAUGGCAGCGCGGAGGUCCUGGCCCCGCCGUCCGGUGCCUUUGGGCCGCACCAGCAAGACCUCAGGAUCCCUUUGACUCUCCACACCGUUUCCCCCGGGGCCCGGAUCCAGUUUCAGGGAGCUCUGCCUUCAGAGCUGAUAAGAUUGACCAAGGUCCCCCUGACACCAGUGCCUGUUAAAAUGCAGUCCCUACUGGAGCCUUCUGUAAAAAUUGAAACCAAAGAUGUCCCGCUCACCGUGUUGCCCUCAGAUGCAGGUAUUAGACAGCAGGGGAGUCUGGUUUUGAAAACUGCGCCUGUGUUGCCAAGUCUAAACUACAACAGUAAAGCCAUGGAACUGAUUCUUUUCAGGGCAGAGUCUGUACAGGUGUCACUUCUGAUCGACUUGUACAUGUAG